GCCAAGCACUCCAGUUGGUACCAGAUGUCAGGUUCCAGAGGCCUGGUCGCAGGGCUGGAAACCACCUGUGGAGCUCUCCCUCCACAAGCUGCAUGGGCAAGAUGUGCUGGCUGCUCCUUUGGGGAGUCCUCCAUACCUGCCCUACACAGGCCUCUGUGCUCUUGGCCCAGCAGCUACCACAGCAAGUGACGUCCCCUGGAUACCCAGAGCCAUAUCUCAAAGGCCAGGAGAGCCACACUGAUAUCGAGGCUCCAGAGGGGUUUGCCGUGAGGCUGGUCUUCCAGGACUUUGAUCUAGAGCCAUCCCCAGACUGUGAAGGGGACUCUGUCACAAUUUCAACCAGAGGAACAGAUGCAAUCCGACUGUGCGGGCAGCACGGUUCCUCUCUGGAGAGCCCUCCUGCUCACAGAGAGUUCGUGUCCUCGGGGAGGAGUUUGCGGCUGACCUUCCGGGCACACUCUGCACCCCAGAACAAGAUCGCACACCUGCACAAGGGCUUCCUGGCUCUCUACCAAGCCGUAGCUGUGACCCAGCCCAAUGGGGACUCUGAGACUGUCACCACACUUGGAACUGACCCUCCCAGGAUCCAGAACUGCUGCCAAGAUCCCUAUUAUGAGGCCAAACAGACAGGGACAUUGAGCUGCCCAUCCUUAGGGACUUGGAAGGACAGACAGGAUGGGGAGGAGAUUCCUCCAUGUGAGCCAGUCUGUGGAAGACCUGUCAUCCCUAUUGUCCAGAACCCGAAGACUUUUGGUUCUUCCCCAGCUAAGCUGGGCAACUUCCCUUGGCAAGCCUUCACCAGUAUCUAUGGCCGUGGGGGCGGAGCCCUGCUGGGUGACAGAUGGAUCCUGACUGCUGCCCAUACCAUCUACCCCAAGGACAGCAUCUAUCUCAGAAAGAACCAGAGUGUGGAAGUGUUUCUCGGUCACACGGACGUAGGCGAGCUGCUGAAACUGGAGAACCAUCCUGUCCGGAGGGUCGUGGUUCACCCAGACUACCGCCAGCACGAGUCCCACAACUUCAACGGGGACAUCGCCCUCCUUGAGCUUCAGCACAGUGUCCCCCUGGGCCCCAACGUCCUCCCAGUCUGUCUGCCCGACAAUGAGACCCUCUACCACAGUGGCCUGUGGGGCUAUGUCAGUGGGUUUGGGAUGGAGAUGGGCUGGUUAACGACAAAGCUGAAAUACUCAAAGCUUCCUGUAGCUCCCAGGGAGGCCUGUCAAGCCUGGCUCCACCAGAGGCAGCGGACUGAGGUGUUUUCUGAGAACAUGUUCUGUGUUGGGGACGAGACUCAGAUGAAUAGUGUCUGCCAAGGAGACAGUGGCAGCGUCUUCGUGGUGUGGGACAAUCGUACUCUUCACUGGGUGGCCACAGGCAUUGUAUCCUGGGGCGUCGGGUGUGGUAAGGGGUACGGCUUCUACACCAAAGUACUCAACUAUGUGGAUUGGAUCAGAAUGGUAAUGGAAGGUAAAGAUUGACCCCAGGGGACUUGAGCAGUGGGCUAGCACUGUGGAGGUCCGAGGAUCCACUUGGGGUCAGGAACCCUAUUUAAGUCACUGAUUCAUCAAACCACCACCCAAGAGGAAGCCUCCUCCCCUGCACCUACACCAUCCCAAAUCGGCAGCACCACCCAGUGCCCCUUCUCACCUUCAGUUUUCCCGGGCUUUGUACCAAGGAAGCCCGCACAUAUAUCUAAGCAAUGUUUGCUUAGGACAUCGUUUUGUUUGUUCAAGGCAGGAUUUCACUCUGUAACCCAGGCUGGCCUCAAACUCAUGACAGUGAUCCUGCUUCCACCACCCAAACACUGGGAUUACGAGCAUGCCCAGAUAAACCUGGCAGUGUCCCCGCGUGCGUC